AUGGGUAAGUUGUUUAUUGGAGGGAUGAACGGAGCCCAAAUGGAGCAGGCCGAGGUUCAAGCGGCGGAAGGACGUCUGAAAGAGGACAUGCGACUCUAUCGCAUGGUUGACCUGCAUGGUGGAGGAGAGAUGAUGACGAUAAUGAGGCACGCUAAGGCAACCAAAGACUACUCUUUCCUGGACAACUAUAUAAAAACACGGAUGCCUGAAUUCCUGUUGAACAAUGAGAAGGGCAAGCUUUUCGCUGUCACGGAACUGGUUGCUCUACGCAAUAAGGAACGAAACGCAAAACUGGGUGCCUUUCUGCGUAAGAAAGGAAAGGGAAAAGCAGCUGUGAAUGUUCUCGAAGGAUUUGAUCAGAACGAUGCAAAGACUGGAGAUCUCAAGAAGGCCCUCAAACUUCUUGAUGGAGGAGGGAAAGGUGGAAAAUCAGAAUCGAAGUACCGCGAGUUGAACUGGAAACUUGAAGAAAGAGUAGUUUUUCAGGGAUCUAUGGGAGAGACCAUCGUGGGUGUAUGCCUUCUACAAGGAACAAUAAUUCAUAAUAUGCUCGCUCUCCGAAUACUAGACUUUUACCCGAAGUUGCUUAACGACAUCUGCACAUCAGAGGAUUAUUACGGACUUUCGCCUCUUCACUUGGCAAUUAUCAAUCACGACGUGCAGAUGGUUAGCAAACUAUUACAGAGAGGAGCCGACGUAAACCAAAGGUGCUAUGGGGCGUUUUUCUGUGCAGAUGACCAGAAGAGCAGCCGAACGGACAGCUUGGAACACGAAUAUGUCGACCUGACAAUGAACACCAACUAUACUGGUACUAUGUAUUUCGGCGAAUAUCCGCUCUCCUUUGCCGUGUGUAUGAAUCAACCCGAUCUGGUUCGACUACUCGUGGCAAUGAAGGCCAACCUGAACGCUCAGGACACAAACGGAAACACAGCACUUCAUCUUUGCGUGAUCCAUGAAAAAAUAGAAAUGAUGAAGAUGGCUUUGGAGGCUGGCGCCCGAUUGAACAUUGCCAAUAAACAAAGUUUGACACCCCUAACUUUGGCAGCAAAGCUCGCGAAAAAGAAGCUUUUCAACAUCAUUCUUGAAUUGGAAGGCGAAAGUGUAUGGGUUUACGGAGAGGCGAAUUGCUUUUCGUACCCACUGACAAAGAUCGACACAAUCAACGAAGUGUCUGGCGAGAUGAACGAGCAGUCAGCUCUUUCACUCGUUGUCUACGGGGUAAGUACUCAGAAUUUGGAAAGACACCCUCAUUUUUAUGCGCAUUGGUUCCGUUCACUGGUUGCGUUCACGUUCUACUAUAUCAUCUUCACAGCUGCAUACAUGCUGCGGCCAUUCUCAGCUACAACUGAG